AGCUUGGCUUGAUCAAGAGAUGCCUCUAGCCGUAUGCAAGCCAUGCCGCGCCCACAGAAGCUCACUGAAGAACAGGAAUGGUUCUUGUCACUUCUGGACCUCAAGUUUCAGCAGCAUGAGCAUAGGAUUUGGCGCAUGAUGUCAGAAACCAAUCAUUGGAAUGGAGCAGGUUUUGAGACCGUGGAGCAUGAGGAAUCAAACUUAGGCAGGGUCUUGGACGAGUUGGAACUGAUCAACGCAGAUCCGAUCCAGAAUGAUGAGAAAGAGCAAGAAACUGCGGAGGAGCCACCGGAAAAUUCAAAAGACACAAGAAACUUACGACCCGCCAGGUUGGGUAGUGUCUAUGUGAUGAGUGAGGUCAGCGAGCCUGAACCACAUCUUAAAACAUUUGUGAAAGGGCCCUUGGAUCUCUUGAUGGGGCUGGUGGUGGUUGCGAACCUGUCUGUCAUGGCAGCAGUCACGCAGACUGAUGGCUACGUUGCAGAUAUCCACCUAGGGCUUGCCACUGGGUCUCCAUGGGGCCUGACCAAUGCAGAGUAUGAGGUUGCCGAACUUGUAUUUUUCUUUAUUUACAUCUCUGAUGUUCUGGCCAGAAUCUGCAUUUUGCGGAGCCAGUGGUACUAUGAUUUGAGAGAGGGAUGGAUGUACAUGAAUUUCUUUGAUGCCUUGCUGGUGACUGUUCAAGCCUUUGAAAUUGCUUUGCUCCCUGUGCUGACUUCUGGUGACCAAGAGCAGAGGGCCAGUACCAUUCGCGUUAUCAAGCUGCUGAGGAUUGUUCGAACUCUUCGUAUCAUCAAAACCGUAGCAUUGUUCCGCCAACUACGGCUGCUGGUUUCUACCUGUGUGGCCAGCAUUGGUGCCUUUUUUUGGUCCAUGGUCCUUCUCUUCAUGUGCAAGGUUGGGUUUGCGCUGAUUGUUUGCCAAGCACUUCAGGGCUUCAUCAUGGAUGACAAUGCUAAUUUGGAUACUCGCUUGGAGAUGAACAACCUAUAUGGUAGCUUCACCAAAUCGUUGUACACAACCUUUGAGAUCACCCACAGUGGAAGCUGGCCUUCCCAUGUGAGACCAGUGAUUGAGAAAGUGAGUGCUUGGUAUGCGAUCCCCUUUCUCACAUACAUCACUUUGGUGGUGUUCGCAGUAAUCAGGAUAGUGACGGCGCUCUUUAUCAAGGAGACCCUUGCAAGUGCCGCCAACGAUGCUGACAUGCAGAUGGACGAGAAUAGGGCCAUGGCAACCGAGUACCAACGAAAGCUCGAAGAGCUGUUUCGUGCUGCUGAUACAGAUGGAAAUGACUCCUUGUGUUCCAGUGAAUUUCUACAAGCAAUGAGCUUGCCUAGCGUGCAGCAUUAUCUUCAGGUGCUUGAGGUGAAAGUUUCGGAUUGCCGCCCACUUUUUGACAUCCUGGAUGAUGGAGAUGGAAGGAUCACUAUCACGGAGUUUUGCAAGGGAAUCAUGGGACUGAAGGGAGUGGCACGAGCCCUGGACAUUGUCAUGCUCCAAAGGGAGAACAGCAAAGUCCUCAAAGAGUGCCAGAAGAUCUACCAGAGGGUUGUCAUGCUGACUGCUUCCAGUCCUCCAACCUGAUCCUGCUUGAUCCUUUAUUUCAGCGGACUCUUGAAAAGAACGCCGCUCUGCAAAGAUCGUGUUUCACCGCGGCCAUUUGGGCCAAUUUGUGUCUACUUUCCCUGGGCCGUGGUCCGCCACGGAGGCUCACAGCACAGGGUGCAGAUGCAAAAGUUGCCGAGCCGGUGCAGUAGUUUCAUUCUCGG